CGUAGAAGAAGAAACCCACUGUUUUUUUUCUCUCUCCCCAGCUGUGUUCAGCAGCAUCCCGUCAACAUUUAUCAACAAUAUCGCUACUAAUGAAAUAAAUUCCACACCGGGAGAAGAAAAUAGAAAUUCCAUGUGUUUACAGCGGUGACGAAGAUGGCAGGGAGAGGCAGGCUGGUGUCCUGUUUAUGUUUUGGUCUGUUUGGUGUCCUUUGCUGGGUGUGGGUCUCCUUUGCGUCAUUCCCUGAUGAGCAUCACUAUGAUGCAGUGGACCAAGGACUUUUUAAACCCCAAAGUGCUCUCGCUGACAUGGAGUUUGCCCCAAUGAGUUCUUACCGUGGACCUGGCAACCAAGAUGAGCGAAGUAACAAGGAGCUGCCUAUUAUCCUGUGGUGGAGCGGAGGCUUAUUCCCACAUUUUCCUGGGGAUACUGAACGAAUUGACUGUGCCACCUCGUCCUGUCUGGCUACAAGUAAUCGCAAGGUUCAGCUGUACAAAAGGACCUCAUCCAUCAUCUUCUACGGGACAGACUUUCGAGCCUACGAAGCACCGCUCCCUCGUCUGCCCCACCAGACGUGGGCUCUGUUCCACGAAGAGUCCCCCAUGAAUAACUACCUCCUCUCACACAGCCCUGGCAUCAGGCUGUUCAAUUACACCGCCACGUUUCGUCGAGAGUCCGACUACCCUUUAACCCUGCAGUGGCUCCCAUCUCUGAGCUACCUGUUGGAGCCAACGGCGGUAUCUCUGAAGGAGAAGAACCAGCUGAGGAGGGAAGGCUUGGCCCCUGUACUCUACAUGCAAUCUCACUGCGACGUGCCUUCUGAUAGAGACCGAUACAUACGAGAGCUCAUGAAGUACAUCCAGGUGGAUUCUUACGGUAAAUGUCUGAACAACAAAGCUCUGCCUGCUCAUCUAGAAGACACGUCCACCGCCACAGGUGAAGAGGCCUCCUUCAUGACGUUUGUCAGCCGCUACAAGUUCCACCUGGCACUGGAGAAUGGCCUGUGCCCAGACUACAUGACUGAGAAGCUGUGGCGGCCCCUCCACCAGGGCUGCGUUCCCAUUUACCGGGGCUCUCCCGUUGCGGCGGACUGGAUGCCCAACAACCACUCUGUCAUUUUCAUCGACGACUUCCCUUCACCUAAAGCACUCGCCGACUUCCUUAAGUUUCUAGAUGAAAACGACAACGAAUAUGCCAAAUAUUUGGAGUUCAAAAACAUUCACAGCGUUACCAACGCUCGUUUGCUGGAGGCUCUGGAGACCCGCGAAUGGGGGGUUAACGACAUGAGCAAACCCAACUACUUAAAUGGAUUUGAGUGCUAUGUGUGCGACCGGGAGAACGCCAGGCAUGCUGCAGAGCGAGCCAAUAGAAAAGCUCCUGAGACCAACCCGCCUCCAAAAGCAAAGAUGGCUUCCAGCGCUCAUAUGGGAUGCCCUCUGCCCAGCCCGAGCUAUGGAGAAGUCCAAGACCUGCCGGAACAUGAUGGAUGGUUGCAAAUGUGGCCUCAGGACUACUGGCAUAGCCUGGACCAAGCGGAAGGGCUGGAGUCCCUGAUAAGAACUAACGAAUCGGAUCCGGCACUGUUGUGGAAGCACAUCCAAAGAAUCGCUGUGAGCCGAGCCAGAGGCAAACACUGACGUCGGCCUUGAACGGGCCAGGGAAGAUGGAGCGCAUCCAGGAGUCCAGAUGUGCUCCACACCACGCAGACACUUUUCUUUUUUUAAUGAGUGACUGAAGCGCACACCUUAUGUGCACCUGUGCCCAAAACUAUCGUUCCCUCAUGGGCAGUUGAAUGGAUUUUUUUUCAUUAUAUAAGGCACAUACUUUGAGGUUCAAUAAUGUCAAGGUGCUGGGCAUUAACUUUAAACUGUGUGCAGAGCAGUUGCUCCACAGGGGGACAUUGUCAUUGUCGGGGGAGACAUGUUUGCAUUGGAGUGAAGCCAAGCUGGAAUCUAGUGUGCCAAGUGAACGCUGUCCAACUGUGUGCGAGGACAAUCAGGACAGAAGCAACUAGACUUAAUUAAUUUUUCACCUUUUUUUUUUUUUUCAAACAAGUGACUUAAUGAUGUUAUGUGACAAUGCAAAGAUAAUGAGUUGCCGUAAUUUUCAGACUAUAGAUCUCUACUUUUUUCCCCUCAUUUCAAAUCCUGCAGCUUAUAGUCCAGCUCGGAUCUUUUACAUCCAUUCAAAAGUAAGAUAAUUUACCGGAUGACACAAAAGGACAUCGUUCAUAAGCAUUCAUGAAUGCUCAUGGCAGUGUCAUGUCAUAAUUAUGAAGGUCUUAUGGUACCACUGCCAAAUAAAGUGUUACCGAAUGCUAUAACUUGCAAUUAAUGAAACAACUGAAGAAAUAAUUAGCACAGAACAUGAAAUUUGAUUGUUAUUUACAUCUGCAACGCUGCAAUGCAUAUUAGGAGGCAUGUUGGACGACAACAGUGUUGACAGCAGGUGGCAGCACUGUCCCCCCCAAGGGAAUGAAUGAAGCUCCUUGAAGCAAUGAAGCUUUGAAGCCAAUUGGUUCAAAGCUUUGAAGCUUAUGAGGCUUUGAAGCCAAUUGGUUCAAAGCUUCAUGGUGGUUCAUUUGAUCUUACGACUGCCUUAUUAACCGGUAAUACUAUUUGACAGCGGCAGCAUAUCUUUUGGUGUAAAUAUCCCAUAAUACAGUGAGGACAGCUGUGGCUUAUAGUCAGAGGCAUAGCAAGGGUCCCCGGGGACCAAGCAACAAGCAAAAUGGGGCCCUUCGAGCGUGUGCAAGUAAGGGGGACAGUUGGACUUGGAGCAAUAGAAGAAAGAGUAGCAACACAAAAAUACCACCAUCGGAUGCGGAGGUAUUUACCUUUGUGUGAAAUCAGUAGUCAGAUUGGCCCUACGACCCACCAAAUUCAAAUUAUUCCGUAAAAACCACUGAUUGGUGGACUACUGACCGAAAUGAGUAUUACAUUUGCUAAUAAAAUUGUUUAGGAUUAUUUUAGAUACAUAUGUUAUAUUUUUCUUCUAGAGUAUUCGACGAGGAAUACGAUAGACCCAUGAAUAGACUUUUUGGAAAAAUCACCAUUUCUUUAAGUAGUCACAUGAAUAAUGAGGUGGCCUGUGAAUAUCUACGAAAAACAACUCUGCAAGGACUUUCCAGAGAGUGCUUGGUGAGUCACUCUUUAAACAAUCACUUGGUAUUAAUAGCUGAUUGGACUUUCCUAAACAUGUAUAAUCUUCGUGACAUGGUUAAUGCUGAUUGGGAUUGAUAACAGAAUCUUUAGAUAAUCUGCGAAAUGAUUCCAUGGUAUUGAAACACUCCCUACAAUUGUCGCUGCGACAAUGCAGCAAAGCUGCGUUUGCUAAAUCUGUUGGCCCCCGCUGGGCCCCUGCUGGCUGGAGGCCCUAGGCAAUUGCCUGGUUUGCCUAAUGGGACGCAACGCUUCUGUUUAUAGUCCAAAGCGGUUUAUCAAUGGACAAAUACCGUUUUCAUGUCAAAUUUGGUGGGUGGCGGCUUAUAGUCCGAAAAUUACAGUACAUAGCUUGACAUUUUUUGACAUUUUCUCAAGACUGUUAAUAAGGCAAGUCACUUUUUAGUAAUUUAAAGACAAAUAUCAACUAUGAUUUUGUAUUUUAAUUAUUUAUAUAUUUUGUAAUGUAAAUGAAUUUAUAAACAAAUAAAACGUUCUGGGCUGCAGCUAUCGAAUAUUUUAGUAGUCGAUUAAUCAAUGGACUAGUUAGUUCGUAUAAUCGAGUAAUCGGAUAAGAAACAUUAAAAUACCUGAGCUGAGCCUCAAACGGUAUAAUUUUUUUUUUUUUAAAUGAGGAUCUGUGUACAACAAAAGAAUAAUGGGCUAACUUACAUAGAAAAAGUCCGUUAGCUUAAAUGCUAUA